UAAUAACUGUAUAUUGAUAGUUAUUUGUUAGCUGACCGGAAGGAUCGAUCCAAGGAAAAUGGCGACUGCGAAUGCCGACAGCGGAGUGAGUGGGGAGAGGCGCCCCAAGACGAAGAUCGUCUGCACGCUCGGACCGGCGUCCCGCGCGGUUCCGAUGGCGGAGAAGCUUCUCCGGGCCGGCAUGAACGUUGCUCGGUUUAACUUCUCCCACGGAUCUCACGAGUACCACCAGGAGACGCUCAACAACCUCCGCCAGGCCAUGGAGAACACCGGUAUUAUCUGCGCCGUCAUGCUCGACACCAAGGGACCUGAAAUUCGAACUGGUUUUCUGAAAGAUGGCAAGCCCAUUCAACUGACACAGGGCCAAGAGAUUACAAUAUCCACUGAUUACACCAUCAUGGGUGAUGAGAAUAUGAUCUGUAUGAGCUACAAAAAGCUGGCUGAGGAUGUAAAACCGCAAAGUGCUAUACUCUGUGCAGAUGGCACAAUCACCUUCACUGUUCUGUCUUGUGACAGAGAGAAUGGUUUGGUGCGUUGCCGCUGUGAGAACACUGCUAUGCUCGGUGAGAGGAAGAAUGUCAAUCUCCCUGGGGUUAUUGUGGAUCUGCCAACUUUGACAGAAAAAGACAAGGAUGACAUCAUGAAGUGGGGAGUCCCUAACCAAAUUGACAUGAUUGCCUUGUCGUUUGUACGCAAGGGUUCUGAUCUAGUGGAGGUCCGAAAAGUGCUGGGCCAUCAUGCUAAGAAUAUCCUCCUUAUGUCAAAGGUUGAAAACCAAGAAGGUGUAGCUAAUUUUGAUGAAAUUCUUGCUAAUUCUGAUGCAUUCAUGGUGGCGCGUGGUGAUCUGGGAAUGGAAAUUCCAAUUGAAAAGAUCUUCUUAGCUCAGAAGGUAAUGGUUUACAAGUGCAACAUCAAAGGGAAGCCUGUUGUCACAGCUACACAGAUGUUGGAAUCCAUGAUAAAGUCUCCGAGGCCAACUCGAGCUGAGGCAACAGACGUUGCCAAUGCCGUUCUUGAUGGGACUGACUGUGUAAUGCUUAGCGGUGAGACAGCUGCCGGGGCUUACCCAGAGCUUGCAGUGAGCACAAUGGCCAAGAUUUGCAAAGAAGCAGAAAGCACAAUUGAUUAUGGAGAUGUGUUCAAGAGGAUAAUGACUAACGCACCUGUUCCCAUGAGCCCUUUAGAGAGCCUUGCAUCUUCUGCAGUCAGAACUGCAAACUCUGCAAAAGCAGCCCUCAUCCUGGUUCUAACCAGAGGAGGGAGCACUGCGAAACUGGUGGCAAAAUACAGGCCCGGGCUUCCUAUACUCUCUGUCGUCGUCCCUGAGAUCAAGACCGACUCCUUCGACUGGUCUUGCAGCGACGAGACUCCAGCCAGGCACAGCCUUAUAUACAGGGGAUUAGUCCCUAUCCUGUGUGCAGGAUCUGCAAGGGCUUCCCAUGAAGAGUCAACAGAAGAAGCACUAGACUUCGCCCUUCAACAUGCCAAAACCAAGGGGUUCUGCAAGGAAGGAGACUCUGCUGUUGCCCUUCAUCGCAUUGGAGCUGCUUCUGUAGUCAAGAUUGUCACGGUGAAGUAACUACAAGGGAAGUGUUUUUUGCUUCUUGAGCAAACUCACUACCGGUUUAAACUUUUAGUUGAAAAAGAACGCAUCACUCAGUUGAUGCCAUAAGUUCGUGUUUUUCUUAUCCUUUCUUUCCCUUUUUGGUAUUAAACCUUUCCACUUCCCAGCUUGGCACAAAUUUCCAGCCUAGAAAAGCUGGAAUAUUGGCUAAAUCUUUUGCUUGUUUAAAUUUAUGAAGUGAGUUUACCUGUU